AUGGCGGUCCAACAUAAACAAGAUCCGAUUGUGUUGGUGAUUGACUUCCACCAUGCGCGCGGCCCGGAAAUUGAACAUUGUAUCAGCGAUGAAGGAACAAGCCCGGCCACCGAUAAUGACUGGUCACUACUUCCAUUCAUGGCCCUUUCUGAUGGCGCACACCUUUCGACCGAGGAGUUCUCCUAUUUCACACUUCGCCGGAAGGAAACGCCAACGGUCCCCGCCACUUCUCUUUUUGGCAUCGCUUGUUCCCGCCAGAUCGACUCCAGCCUCCUGAUCAAUCGCCCGCCUGAAGUGACUCGAUCGACGGUUCAAAAGGCUGUUGUGGUUGUGACAGAUAGCCCGCAGAGGGUAGGACAAUUGCGCGAGAAGCUCUCUGUGGUGACCUCGGCUUGGUUUGCGCAGCGUGACUUUUCGGAUAUUGACAUUUUGAAGAAAUUUCGCGAGGGCCUUGUGAUCAGUCUGUUGAAUGAUGGCCCCAAGGAUCAAAAUUUGGGUCUUUCGCUCCGAGAAAUGAUCCAUGAAUUCAAGUACCAGACUCUGGUUUUGUUCAAGGGCUUGUUGUUGCAGCCUAAGAUGCUGUUUUUCGGCACCCGUUGCGAGCGUUUGUGCAUGAUUCAGUUUUCUCUUAUCUCCUUGAUACCUGGCCUCAUCAAUAGUCUCCAGGACUGUGCGGAUCCAUCGUUCGACGAGUAUGCACGGACUGUUGAGAAACCGACAUCGCUGAAGACAAGUGACCGAAACUCCUUGUUGGCAUAUAUGGGAUUGCCAUUGCAGAUCUUUGGGAAGGGAAGCAUGUUUGGACCGUAUACUCCGCUACAGCAGCUGGAUCUGUUGGCCGAUGACGGGACCAAGUCGUAUGUGGUAGGGUCAACAAAUUCGCUGCUCUUGCAGCAGAAAGAUCGCUAUAGUGAUAUUUUAAUCAACGUGAGUGACAACGAAUCCUUCAUCGACAACAAGAGAAAAGGCAUCAGUAUCUCAUCACUUCCCCUUCGUAACGCUCUAGCUUUGUCUGUUGCCGACAGGCGUUGGAUCGACCUUCUCACUCAGAUUGUCAAUGAUACAUGGGAUGACGAACAUCCCUCACGGCCAAAGACUCUUGGCUUCAUGGGCUCCGAAGAGUUUAUCCGGCUCCAAUUCGAAGAAUACCUGUUGGCGCUCUUAUCGUGCAUGAAAUACCAUGAGGAGCUCAGCCAAUACACCGCAGGCGAAUCCGUUCAUCGCAAUCGCGCGCAGCUACAAAAUUUCAAUAUUGAAGGCGAUCCAGCUCUUGACUUCAAUGCGGAGUUCCUUAUUCAGUGGCAAAAGACGUCCAACUAUGCCCUUUUCUCUCGACUCACCUCGGAUGCUCUCCUGUUUUCUAUCACCGAGCCAAAGCACCCAAGUGCUGGCGGCUUGACCAUGGAAGAUGUGCAGCGACGGCUGACGCAACAAGUCGCUGAUCUUCAUCUGGAUGAACGGGUACGCGAGGGCCGGGAGGCGCUGAACCGAUCUUUUGCCACGGGCCAGAAAAAGGUUAGCGCCGCGUUCAACAGCUUUUGGUCCGAUAUCGAAACCAUGCGCGAAGCACAAAGGAAGCGCAACGAGGAGAGGGCUGCUCAAUCACAGCGUACCUCGGUCUCGAUAGAUAGAGAUGCCACUGGCUCUCAAUCACCUGCCACGGCCGACUCUCCAUACCAAGCCACUGGUGGCUGGUUCGGUGCUCGACAACGACCCUCUAUUGACGUAGGCCAAGCUCAGGCCUCAGUCAGUGCAGCUGGCCAGAAAGCCGGUGCAUACUUCAGUUCUUGGGGCAGUUGGGCCAGUGAGAAGCGCAGGGAAUGGCAGGAGAAACGCAGCUCCUCUCCCAAUCCCAGCGCCGGCAUGACUGCGUCCCCUUCCACGCCUACUCUACCUGUCGUUAGUGAGACUGUGUUCGAUUCUGACCGCGGCCGUCGUCGCUCUAUGCAGCGACAUAGCGAAGAUAGCGAUGGCCUGACGCGCAGCCUCAGCCGCAGGAAAAGAUGGAGCAAUAUUCUCCUGCGUCGUGACAGUAGCGAGCUCAAACGCGAGGAUACAGAUGCAUCCGACAUGUAUCCGAAAUCGCCCUUGUCCCAGAGGUUUCCAGAAUACGAGGCCGGAGCCGCGAACAGCCAGGCCAGCUUGAGCUCUCAACACGAGAAGCCUACUGCUGACCAGCCUGCCGACGCAGAUGGAUUCUCUGCCGUUUCUCUCAAUUCUAACGACGGAUUGCGCGUGGACCUGAACCCGGGCGAGCGCGAGCCUCAUCUUGCACCAGCCGAUACGCACGCAGACAACACCAUCACUGCUCUGCCCAUCAAGGAAGAGCACUCGUCUGCAUCACCAAAGGAGUCGAUUAAAGCAUCUACGACCAGCACAUAG